GUUGGAUUUUUUAAGUAAAUCGUGAACUACGAAGUUAUGUGCUUCUAAAACUAUCUUUUCUACGAGGCAUUCUGAAUGAAAGAAAAUUCUGUGCUUCAACGACUCUUUAAUUUGAACCUAGUACUAACUAAUAUUUUAUUUAGAAUCUCAAAAUCUUUCCCGAUUUAGUCAUCUAUAUUUUUCCUGUCAGUACUCAAUCCCUUCGAAGAAAGAGUUCGACACUCUCGGCCAUUAACAAUGCCGUCUUAUGUACAAGACCUUCUAGAUCAGAAAAAAUUGGCCGAGGCCGUGGCUUACGUCCAAAGCGAUGCCGUCGGCUACCGGACGAUUGAGAACCUGGCGGACGAAGACGAUAACGUCGUCACCUAUGGACAGUUGCUGUCGAUCAAGAGACCAAAAGAAUCAUCACGAAAACUGUUGACGAAAGGCAGCAAUGCCAUUUCAUACGAUCGACUGCUACUCUUUCGGGAGCUUGUCAGUGGUGACCUCUUCUAUGUGGUAUGCCGAAAACAGUCGCAAACCAAUAGUGCCCUCUGGGCAAUACACGACAUUUAUAUAGGCUCUUAUCUUUGUUUUUACGAGCCGUGUCUGGGUGAUGAAAUACACGGCGUAAAAAUUGUUGAAUGUUCGACCAAUCCUAUCCCUAUUUUGCCGUCAGCUCAGUAUCAGCGUAUACAAGAUCUUGUUCCUGCACUGGAGGAAUCGACUCAUAUUCAGGGCUUUUUCCUUGAAGUGGAAAAAAUAGUGCUGAAGAAAGUGGUAACUCACCGUGCCUGUCCAUCAAGAACAUGUGACAGCUGUCACAUUCCGGACGAUCCAUGCCCUGCACAGGUUGGAGGAAGAACAAGCAACACUUGCAUCAAAGCGAAGGUCUACAUUGCUGAACUGGAGGCAGCAAACUGUGGACAAAAAUUCAUAUCCUACACGAGCCAGAGCCUCGCCAACCUAUUCAUUCAUCCUGACUCUCUCCAGCUUGCUCGCAUCAACUCCAUCCGCUUGCGGGAGGCAAUUGACCGAAUUUUACAACUCUACAUGGGCGAGGGAGUGCGGUUUCUCAUAAGUGGAUGGUACAAGCGACGAUACCUUCCGGACGGCAGCCCAUCGAAUUCAUGCAAGUUGCAUUUGUCGAGGAUUCAACCCAGACGCUUCUUGAAUGUUGCGUUGUACAGAGAGGUGCAAAAUAAUCCUGUAGCACCGCACAUAGCAGCCCCCGCCCACGCCGUUCGUCGCGUGAAUGAUUUUAUGGGCGGCGAGGACAACGUGGAACAGGAAGACUGCGCUAGAAAUCCCCAUCGGUCCCCUUCUCCAGCAUCAAUACAGGAGGGGGAAGACGAGGACGAAGAGGUGCCUAGUGGCAGUCGCCCAUCCAAACGUUCGCGGAAUACAAUGAGCUAGAACUGGAAUGUUUAUAUGAGCCAUUAUAUAGUUUUCUAGUGUCGAGAACUCCUGAAGAUACAUUUUUUAUAAGUUAAUUAUUUUACUUCAUUUGCUCUUUGGCCGCGGAUGAUGUUAUGCCUUUAUUUGAUUUGUUGUGUGACAGAGAACCGAUUUUAUUUAUUCAUUUGGCACAGUUACGAGCCUUGAUCCAGCAUGAGCUUAGUUAAAACCUUAAUUAAGGUUUUGUCGUGUUAAAUGUCAGUUGAAGGCUAGGUUUGAAAAUUAAGUUUUUAUACGGUUCUUAGUAUGGAAUAUCGCGUUACUCCUGUUUUGAAUCGCGGUACUCCUAAACGAUUUUGGUAUCAGGGGGAAGAUUUCGCGCUCGUUAGGGGUAAUCAUUUGUUAGUAGCGAAUUUCGGAUCGCCUAAAGGAAGUGUCAUUCUUUGCUUCAUAAACUUAUCUGUAUAUUUUGCAUUCAAUGCAAGUGUUGAGCCAUUUCAUAGUUAUCUAGUGUCGAGAACUCCUGAACAAGCAUAUUUAUGAUAAGUUACUUAUUUGGCUUUAUAUCUCUUUGGCCGCGCAUAAUGUUAUGCCUUUAUUUGUUAAUUUCCAUGUAUAAUUUUGUAUGCGACAGAGAACCGAUUUUAUUUAUUUGUUUAGCAUAGUUACGAGCAUUGCAAAUGUUAAUUUAAGAGGAAUUUUUGUUUAAUGAUAUAUAAUUUAUUUUUGUAAUCGUCUAACCAAAACAUGUGAUCCAGCAUGAGCUUAGUUAAAACCUUAAUUAACGUUUUUUCGUGUUAAAUUUCAGUUGAAGGCAAGCUUUGAAAAAUAAAUUUUCAUACGGUUUUU